AUGGUGGAGAAGUCAUUUUUCUUACUGGGACAGCCAGCGAGGACAUCUCAAGCACUUGAAGUCGAUCUUCAAAAUACAUUUGAGUUCCUACAAUACACUGUCGCUCAAAAGUUUUCCAUUGCGGAACCAUCAGGAAUCUCGUUUCAAACCGAUAAAGAUGGAAUUCUUGAUGAUCUUGAUAACUUCGUAGAUGUAUCUUCUCCAAUCGGUAUUCUAAUCGAUGGAAACCAAGUCAGAGAUGUUCCUGGACCAACAGGCCUCCCUAUCGCUGGAAGCUAUUACGAAGUGUAUCCCGACCAUCUUGGAAAUCACCAACGUUUGUUCGAACAGUAUGGACCAGUGUUCAAAACGACAGACAUGGGUCGUACGACAUAUUAUACCAACGAUCCAAAGGUAGCCGAUGUGUGUUUUGGAGAAGGAGGUUACUGGUCGAAAGUGAUAAAUUCCGAUCAUCCUCUUUAUGGUAUAAAAGAUCCUAUGGCAGGUGUUUUCCUAUCCGAUACUGAUACCGAAGCAUGGAAAGAAGCACAUAAGUUCUUGGCACCGGCGCUCAGCCCAAAAGCCGUCAGACAUUAUACACCUCAAAUGCAAGACACAGCGGAACAGGCUUUUAAAGUCUUUGAUGAGCUAGACAAGAAAGAUGAAGCUUGGAACGUAUAUCAGUAUAUGUUCAAAAUGGGUUCUACUGCGAUUGGAAAACUAGCUUUGGGAAUGGAUAUGCAUCAUUUUGACUCGAUCGAUGCACCUCUUCAUGACCUCGUAAGGACUGUUGGUAGAAACUUGGAGCUCAACAAGAAAGUUUCGACAAUGGGAGAUUGGUACUCUCAUAUGCCAUGGGGAGCACCAAAGCAAUUGAAGGACAAUAAAGCGCACGUGAAGGAAUUAAUAGAAGAAGCUAUUAGAAAUGUCAAAGGUGGUGGAACGGAGGAUUUACCCAUUCAAGAUGCAGCUUUGAAGGCAACCUGUAUUGUUGACUACUUGGUGAGAGCGACUGAUGAAAAAGGCCACAAGCUUGCAGAAAAAUACCGCAACAAUGCGGCAUUAGUGACUGUUGGAGCUGGAUUCAUUACUACGGCUUCACUUCUCAGUUGGCUCCUGUUUAGCAUUGCUUCAUACCCAGGUAACCAGGAACGCUUGCUCCAGGAAUUGGUUGACCACGAUAUCAAGAAUGAUACAGAGUGGACACCCGACCUUGCAAAUUCACUGGAAUUCCUCGGGAUCCUCAUCAAAGAAACACAACGUCUCCACAAUCCAUCUUAUCAACCAGGUCGUACCGCUCUCGCAGAUGUAAUCAUUCCUGGUGGUUAUCGUAUUCCAAAAGGCUCCAUAAUGAUUAUUGCCAUUCAUCACAUUCACAACAACCCCAAGGUUUGGGACUCGCCAGCAGAUUUCAAUCCUGAUCGUUGGAACACGGAAAAGGUUAAAAGUCGACACAAGGCUUCCUAUGUGCCCUUUGCUGCUGGUCCUCGAAUGUGCAUUGGUUUCAAUUUCGCAUUGCAAGAAGUCAGGGUCAUUCUUUCAAUGUUGGUGUAUAGAUAUGAGUUUGAAAAGAUGGGCAAUGAACCAGUGGAAUAUGAUCCGGAAUUUCAAUUGGUCCGCCCGAAUAACUUCUAUGUGAAGGCCAGAAGAAGAACGAGAUGGCCAGAGAAGUCGAAGAAACAAACGAGUGCUGAAUAG